CAGUACUGGGUUGCCAAGGGCUGAGGCGUCGAUGGCGGUAGCGGAGAAAUAGUGGAAGGGAAUAAGAAGACUAGGAGAGGAGGAGAGAGAGUGAAAGAGAGAGCUAGAGACUACGGGGAAGAGAUAAAGAAGAAAAGAUAGAGAAGGGAAGAGGAAGGGAACUGGGACAUUUCACGGACGUCACGCGAAACGCAGCUGCUCCUCUUCUUGAUGUUGAUUGGCUGAUGCGUCCAGUGGGUGCGUUCCGAUUGCAGGAAGAUGGCUGAGCUGCAUAUUAUUGGACAGAUUGUUGGAGCAAGUGGUUUCCCGCACAACAGCCUGUUCUGUAAAUGGGGGCUGCAGACAGGUGAGGCUCUUGCUGCGGUGUGUGUUGGGAGGGGAAUGGAGGAUGUUGAGAAGCACGAAUAUUUUGUGCCACAUCAAAUCAAACUCAUUCUGUCCCUAUCUUCUGCAUCAGGCUGGCCCAAACUAUACAUGCAGGUCUGGCACCAGGACUCUUUUGGCCGGAACGACCUGUGUGGCUAUGGUUUCUGCCACAUCCCCAGCAGCCCAGGUACUCACGAUAUCCAGUGCGUCACCUGGCGGCCCCUGGGCACCUGGCAGGAACAGCUCUCCCAGAUGUUUGUGGGCGGCGGGCCCCAGCUGAAACACAGUGACCUCAUUUACACCGGGGCUGACCGCUAUCGACUCCAAACCGUGGCCAUGGGCAAGGUCCACCUCCAGCUCAGCAUCAUUCUCCGUAACUUUGACCAGUAUGGUGUGGAGUACUGAAUGGAUUGUCAAGGGAGAGACUUUGUCAUUGUUGGUGGAUAUUGACCAGUUCUCUUCAGUCUUCUUCCUGACUUCCUCCACUUCUUUCCCCGUGCCUUGCAGAAGUUUCUGUCACCUUGGAUUGCACACCGAAUUCCUGUUGCACAUUUUUGUCAGGCUCCAGCUUGGUGUUUGCUCCCGCACUAUAUGGCAGCUCCAUUUAUCACAGUGAUUGAGUGGCCUGCAAUGAUUCUUGGUAAUCGUCUGUAUAUCUUUCCAAUGUGGGCUUGAUAUUGAUUAUUAUUUGGACCUGAUGACUUACAUAGUAACCUUGUGUUGAUGUUUCUCCCACUUGGGUACAUUUCGUGCUGCAGCACAUCAAGUUUAUAUAUUUAAAGGAUGUCACUUUUAAAAUCUACAGUACAGGUGAAGUCUAAAUCCUGUGAUUGUAUGAAAACAGAUGGCAAUUUGUCAGCUAUGUAGACUGGAAUGUCAAGCUCAAUGAGGAAACUGCAUUUGAUUGCUGAUACUGGGAGGGAUCAUAGCUUGUGUGGUAUGGUUACCCCUGGGUUAGAGGAUUUGAUGUGGGGAUGGUGGAGAGGUGGGGGGGUGGUGCGGAGUAGCUAACAGUUCUUUUUGGGGUUACUGGGAAUCAUCUCUGUGGCUGAGGAACGUCCACCAAAGAAGUGGAAUGGUUAAAAGGUUCUGGGUUUGAAUCCUUCUAUGGUCAAAUUAUUUAGGGUUUUGUUGUUCUGAUGUCAUUCAGAAACUGUCCCCAGUGAGCGUCAGAGUCAUCCUCUUCAAGAACUGUUUCCCCCUGUGAGAGUCAGCCCCUUCAGGAACUGACUCUCUCUCUCUCUCUCCCUCCCUCUCUCUCUCUCUCUCCCCCUCUCUCUCUCUCUCUCUCUCUCUCUCUCUCUCUCUCUCUCUCUCUCUGGGAGAUAGCAAGAAGCAGCAGAUGCUGGAGUCAGAAUCAAUACAGUGUGAAACUGGAGGAACAUAGGAGGUCAGGCAGCAUCAGAAGAGCAGGAAAGUUGAUGUUUCAGGUUUACACCCUUCAUCAGGACUCAGAACUGCAGUGGGGAGUAAAAAUGGGAACCAAUGUAAAAUGAUUGUUAAGAACAGGCAAUAAUCAAACACCCAAAUUGACCUCCAUCUGAGCAGAAAUGUAUUAUUCUGUAUCGACUGCAAAAGUAAUAUGUUGAAAGAGUGAUGUGCAUCAUAUAUAACUCAAAGUCAAUAAAUCAGUUGGUUCAUUUAUAAAACUUAUUGAAAAAUUAAUUUCAUAAAUCUACUGUCUAUUCUAUUUGAACAUGGCUCAGACUGAUGAUUUGGAAGCCUCACUCUGCUGGUACUAGAAUUAUACACGAUAGGAGGUGUGACAUAGUUUCUGCUUAGUGCUAGGUCUGGACAACAUGAGAAAAGAUCCUCUUUACAUCUACUUUGUCAAUCCCCUUUAGCAUUUGGUAUAUCUCAAUUAUAUCUCUCAUUCUUCUAAACUCCAAAGAAUAUAGACUAAAACUGCUCAAUCUCGCUUCACAAGGGUCCUUAGGAACAGGGAAUAAAUGCUAGUCAGUCUGCCAUGCCCACAUUCCACAAAUAAAUUUUUAAAAAUGACAAACUCCUAAUUUUUAGAAUCAAUCUGGUGAACCACCUCUUAACUCUGGAGACCAAAACUAUAUGCAGUACUGCAGGUGCAUUUUAGUCUGUAGGAGUUUGAAUGUUCAUCAAACUUGUGCUGUACCUGUUCUGGGAGAACUUGACUCUGUGUGAAAGUGACUCAGCGGCCCACUUUACAUCUCUCCCUUUUUUAAAUUCUAUUGGAUUUGUUUAGCUAUCACCUGUCAUGUGCGUUCACCAAUCCAGUUCUCGAGAGCCAAAAUCUGGACUGAUAAUCCAGUGCCGUACUGAGGGAGUGCUGCACUGUUCGAGGUGCCAUAUUUUGAGUGAGACAUGAAACCAUGGCUCCUACUGCCCUCUCAAGCAUGUAAAAGAUCCUAUCAUGCUAUUUCAAAGAGGAGGUGGGGGUUAUCUCCAAUGUCCUGGCAAAUGGUUAUUCCUCAAUCAACAUUCCAAAACCAAAAUACCUCAUUAUCAUACUGCUGUUUGAGGGAGCUUGUUGUGUGCAAAUUGGCUGUGGUAUUUCCUACAUUACAAUAGUGACUAUACUUCAAAAGUACUUUAUUAGCUGUAAUGUUCUUUGGGACGAAAAGCACUAUAGAAAUGCAAGUACUGCUGGGGUUCUUGUAGUACAGUCAUUGUGUCCCACCCUCUGGGCUCAGAGUCCCGGGUUCAAGUUUCACCUAUGCCAGAGGUAUUUACUAACAUCUCUGAAUAGGCUAAUUAGUAAUUAAGUAAUUAAACCCGGGUUUAAUUCCACCUUCCGGCGACUGUCUGUAUGGAGUUUGCACAUUCUCCCCGUGUUUGCGUGGGUUUCCUCCCACAGUCCAAAAAUAUGCAGGCUAGGUGGAAUGGCCAUGCUAAAUUGCCCAUAGCGUUCAGCGAUGUGUAGAUUAGGGGAAUGGGUCUGGGUGGGAUGCUUUGAAGGUUGUUGGGCCAAAGGGCCUGUUUCCACACUGUAGGGAUUCUAUGAUUCUACGAAAUACAAGUCCUUUGUUUUACCCCAUGUGAUUUUGAUGCAGCAAGUCCAAUGGCCCAGAAGGGGGCAGUCACACACCAUGAACCAGUGUGCAUUGUGACUGACUGACUGGAUUCUAGCCCCUUCCAAUAACAUGCUGUUCCUAAAUACAGCAUAUAGAAAAUGACUUGCACUUACCUUGUCUGUGUUUGCAUUCUGUGCUGAUUUAUGAUGUACCACUUAUACAAUCUACAAGAGAAGGAAAUCAAUAAAGUAUUUUUUUUUUGAAAGUU